AUGUCUUUUGUUGUUACAGUGAUUGCGCAUGGCGAUGCGUUGAGAAGUGAGAAAGAGCUCGUUGACAGAGUCGUUGGAGCACUAGAUGCUGAAUUGAUCAAGACAGAGACGCUUUCGAAGCGUGCUGUGGAUAUCUUUGUCAAGGCACCUGGUGAAGUAUUGCAAUUGAAGCAGAAACUGGACCAAUUGGAUGUUGACGGUGCAGAUUUGGCAGUUCAAGUUGUCGAUGAGCAAUUGCAACGCAGGCCUUUGAAGCUUUGUGUUUUCGAUAUGGACAGUACUCUGAUCUACCAGGAAGUGAUUGAGCUGAUUGCUGCCUAUGCCGGUGUUGAGCCCCAAGUACACGAGAUCACUGAGCGUGCGAUGAACAACGAGAUUGACUUCAAACAGUCUCUCAGAGAGCGUGUGCGCCUGCUUAAGGGCCUAAAGAUCGAUAACUUGUACGAGGAGAUCAAGCAGAAGCUACAGAUCACAGAAGGUGUUCCCCAGCUAUGCUCUACUUUAAAGCAGCACGGUAUCAAAUUGGCAGUCUUGAGUGGUGGUUUCAUUCAGUUUGCCUCGUACAUCAAGGAUCAAUUGUCUCUGGACUAUGCGCGUGCCAACUUACUUGAGAUGGACGACUCUGGUGUGCUCACUGGUGAGGUCAUUGGUGAGAUAGUGGACGGGCAGUGCAAAGCUGAGACCAUCAAGCAGUUGUGCAAGGACUGGUCCAUCGAUCUUGAGAAUGUGUGCAUGAUUGGUGACGGUGGUAACGAUCUUCCAUCAAUGCACGUUAGUGGGUACGGUAUCGCAUGGAACGCCAAGCCCACUGUGCAGAAGCAGGCACCUUCCAAGCUAAACACCAAGUCUUUGGCAGAUGCAUUGUACAUCUUUGGCAUUAUAGAGUAA